ACUCAUACACGUCACGAACCAUCCAGUCUCUCAGAUCUCUCUGUCUCCGUCGCCUCUUCUCUCUCGUCUGCAAAGUUCUCGCAACUCAAAAGCAAUUUCCGAACUAAAUUACCCCCAAAAAAAUUUGAUAAAAAAAAAGUUCCACCAAUUAAAAUCACAAAGGAAUAAAAAACCCAAAUUAAAAUAGCGAAAAAGGAAAGAUUUCACAAAUUGAUGCAAUAGACCAUGAGCGUCGAACCUUUCAACAGGUUGGUGAAGCUUGCGGCGAGGGCUUUCUACGACGACAUAACGACGAAAGGGGAGAAUCAGCCGAAGAACGGCCGGAGCGACAAUAGAGGGAUCGCCGUCGUGGUUCUUGAUGCCUUAGCCAGACGACAAUGGGUUAGGGAAGAAGAUUUGGCAAAGGACUUAAAGCUACACUCUAAGCAGCUUCGAAGAACUUUGCGAUUUUUUGAAGAAGAAAAACUGGUUACCCGAGAUCACAGGAGAGAGACAGCUAAAGGUGCAAAGAUAUUUAGUGCUGCAGUAGCUGCCACAGCAGAUGGCCAACAACAUGUAAAGGAAGGGGAUGAGAAAAUUAAGAUGCACACUCACUCUUACUGUUGUCUAGACUAUGCACAGAUAUAUGAUGUGGUAAGGUACAGACUGCACCGCCUGAAGAAAAAACUGAAAGAUGAACUGGAGGACAAGAACACAAUUCAGGAAUAUAUAUGCCCCAAUUGUGGCAAAAGGUACAAUGCUUUAGAUGCUCUGCGGUUAAUUUCGGUGGAAGAUGAGUAUUUUCACUGUGAAAGUUGUAAUGGAGAACUUGUGGCUGAGAGUGACAAGCUUGUUGCUCAAGAAGCAGGAGAUGGAGAUGAUAAUGCCCGGAGAAGGCGGCGUGAAAAACUAAAGGACAUGCUACAAAAGAUGGAGGUACAACUUAAACCAUUAAUGGAACAACUUGCAAGAGUAAAAGACUUGCCUGUUCCUGAAUUUGGAAAUCUCCAAGCAUGGGAAGCAAGAGCAAGUGCUGCCGCUCGUGCAGCGAAUGGUGAUGCUAAUGGUAAUGAUCCUUCCAGAUCUUCUCAGGGAAUAGGCUAUGGUGGAACACCAAUGCCUUUUCUUGGAGAUACCAAGGUGGAGGUUGCCUUCUCUGGAGCCGAGGGCAAGGGAGAGAAUAUUAAAUCUGAAGCUGAAAGUAUUAGUCUGAAAGUUUUGCCCCCUUGGAUGAUCAAGCAAGGGAUGAACCUCACAAAGGAACAACGUGGAGACAUCAAGCAAGAGGCAAAAAUGGAUGGCAGUUCAACGUCUGCAGAGAUUUCCGACGACAAAAAGUCAACGAUUGAACAUGAUGAAACGAAGAAUAUACAAGAUGAAUAUGUUAAGGCUUAUUAUGCUGCUCUAUUGAAGAAACAGCAAGAGCUUGAAGAAGCUGCAAAGCAACAACAAGAGCCUUCAAGCACUCCAAUGUCGAACGGUAUAUCCAGCACAUCUCCUGGUCGUCAGGUAGGAAUGAAGUCGAAACGGGACGAGGAUGAAGGAGAUGAUGAUGUUGAAUGGGAAGAAGCUCCGGUUGCAGUUAAUGCGAAUGAGAAUUACAAGGUCAAUGAUUUGAACAUUGAAGCUGAUGCUACAGCAGACGAUGGUGAUGACGACGUCGAUUGGGAGGAAGGUUGAUGGAGAGCAAAGCAUUCCCUGGAUACCGAUUGCUAUGGCCUUCAUCUAAUCUUAUAAGUUGUCAUAAAUUAGAGGUGGGUGCCGUAUUCAGUUUCACAUCAACGGCAUCGUCUUUGAUGUCCUGUAGUUAGUGUGCAAUAUGCGGAUCUUAAGCUUUAAGGACCUGACCUCGAUUUGCCUAUGGACUGCAUCUAAUCUGAUAAGUUGUCAUGAUACAUGAUUUAAGCAUGUGGGCAGUAAUUCAUUUGGAAGAGAGAGAGAGAGAGAGAGAGAGAGAGAGAGAGAGAGAGAGAGAGAGAAGGCAUGUGAGCAACAAGUACUAACCAUACAUGUCAAUUAUAAAAAACAUCAUACAUGUCAUUCUUCUGCAACUUAUAAAUAUACCGGAUUUGGUAAUUUUGUUAGCAAAUUGCUUAUGUUCGUGUUGAAGCGUCGAAACAUAUUGAUUAUGGGUGAAAAUUUCUGUUGCCCAUAUUGGUUUUGUGGUGGGAGUUUAUUUGUUUGGAAAGCAUUGUAAAUUGUAACUGGAUCUAUAUUGGAUUUCCAAGAUCGCACUUGUUUCUUUUAGAUGCUAUG